UAACUAUCAAAGCUUGAAGCGAAUUUCGGUGGUGUUGAAUCGACUCGAAAUACAGACUAAACAGUUUUAUAGCAUUGGAAUGCUACGUGAACAACAAUAUACCGUAUUAAGUAACAGAUAUCUGUAAGGGGGCAGCGAUUCUUUAGGUCCGUCGUUCGUACAAGCGUUUUUACGUGCUUUCUCCAAGUCACUAUUGCUGAGAGCAUAUUCUGUCUCGGUCAAAUGCAUGCAAUAAACAGAGAAGCAAUGGUGCACUUAGCGCUCUCGGUUCAUUUUCGAAUGGACUUUUUAAUUUCAUUGUCGAUAGAGUAAAUCAGUGGUCAAACGUUAUCUGUGUCUUAUUUGUAUGAAGCUCUACACAUUAGUUUAUAUAAUGUAUGCGUUAGCUUAUCAUCCUUUUGAUGCUCAUACGAGUACUUUAUUCUGGAGCAUGUACCAUAGUCCAGUGCGAGUGGAACGUAGAAUCAGUAAUCAUGGCAAGUAGGAAAAUUAUUCGCAAGAUAAUAGAUUCUCCAUUGGCACCAAAACCCGUUGGACCAUAUAAUCAGGCCAUUUUGGUUGACCGGACUCUUUAUGUCUCUGGAGUACUGGGUGUCAAAAGAUCUGAAGGAAAACUUGUGAGUGGCGGUGUUGCUGCAGAGGCUCGACAGGCCUUGAUAAAUAUGCAAUAUAUCUUAGAAGAGGCUGGGUCCAAUUUUGAAAAAGUUGUCAAGACUACAAUACUUUUAAACAAUAUCGAAGACUUUGCUGCAGUGAAUGAAAUAUACAAAGAAUUUUUCACUAAGAACUAUCCAGCCAGAUCAACAUUUCAAGUUGGAAAGUUGCCAGUGGGAGCUCAAGUUGAAAUUGAAGCCGUUGCUGUGACCGACGACGUAGAAAAUGCAUAAAUUGAAUAAAUGUUAACAAAUAAACAAGCCGCCAUUAAUUUCAAACCAUAAGUAACUUCAACUUGCUCAAUCCAUGAGAUUGUACACAUAUAAUACAAUUUUUCUUUUAUUGUAUCUCUGCCUCCUAGGUCAGUUGCCCAAGAAAGUAAAAAAUUGGUAAAUUUCUUCAAAAUCAGAAUUUAAAAUUACAACCUCCGAUUCCUUGUCCAAUAAAGAAAGAAUAAACCGAAAA